AUGGAUCGUUCUGAACAAAUUAAGCUAUGUGUUGGAUAUUACUGGAUCAUGAGAACGCAAUCUGACACGAUGAUGUUGUUUCUUUUAGUUACUUUAUAUAUGUAUAUUAGGAAUAGAAGGAGGGGUCAUUCUUCAAUUGGGCGAAGAGUGAACACAUUGCCAUUAAGGCGAGAUGCAUUAGAUAACAUCAUUGGGACGGGUGGAGAUAGAAAUUGCAUAUGGAAGUUAAGAAUGAGUUUGAAUGCAUUUGCUAAUUUGUGUGAAUUGCUACAAGUUCAAGGUGGGUUAGAUGAUGAUGGUCAUGUUGGCAUCGGCGAGCAAGUAGCAACUUUCUUGAUUAUAUUAGCUCUUCAUACCAAAAAUCGCAGUGAACAAGUUAGGUUUUAUAGGUCUGGUGAAACUGUUAGUAGGUAUUUUCAUAAGGUGUUAGGUUCAGUUUUGCGUGUCCAAAGUGUGUUAUUUGCAAAGGCAGACCCUGUACCAGAGGAUUCUAUAGAUCCCAGAUGGAAAUGGUUUAAGGGUUGUCUAGGAGCAUUAGAUGGCACUUACAUAGAUGUCACAGUCCCCAAGAGUGAUAAAUCUAGGUAUCGGACAAGGAAAUCUAGAAUAUCCACCAAUGUCUUAGGAGUUUGUAAUCGAAACAUGAAUUUCGUCUAUGUCCUUAGCGGUUGGGAAGGAUCGGUAUCUGAUUCAAGGGUACUUAGAGAUGCCAUUACUCGACGUAAUGGCUUGAAAAUACCUGUUGGGUCUUAUUAUUUAGUGGACGCUGGCUAUACCAAUGGUAGAGGAUUUUUAUCUCCUUAUAGAAAUGUCCGGUAUCAUAUCAAUGAGUGGACUCAAGGUCAUCGUGCACCACAAAAUCGUCUAGAGUUAUUUAAUAAGAAGCAUUCAUCGGCUAGGAAUGUGAUUGAGCGGUUCUUUGGGCUGCUUAAGAAGAGAUGGGCAAUUCUACGAAACCCUUCAUUCUAUCCAAUUAGAAUCCAAAGCCACAUUAUUAUUGUGUGUUGUUUGUUACAAAAUUUUAUUCGUAUGAACAUGGAUGUUGAUCCCGAAAAAGAUGCAACUCUUUUACCGGAGCAUAUACUCGUUGGAGAUGCACUGUUGUUGAUGAAGCCGACUUGCUGUUAUUCAUCAAUGGCUUCCAUACCUCGUCAGUGGACUGAACAGGAAACUGAACAAUUUGUGGUCUUCAUGGAGGAAUUGGUUGUUGAAGGCAAGAGGGCGGAUGCCGGUCAAUUUAAACCCGGGGCAUUUCAAAAGCUGGCAGAUAAGAUGAAUGAGAAGUUUCCUGGAUGUGGCCUCAUUGUGAAGCACAUCAGAAAUAAACACAAGCGACUAAAAGAAAAAUAUAUGUAUGUGGCUGAGAUGUUGGGUUGUAGCGGCUUUGGAUGA